AUGGCACGCCGAUCGGUGCAGCGCUCAGCACCUGACUCGAGCAGUGAAUCUGCCUAUGCAAGGACACUGACUCGGCUUGCCAGGGAGACCGAAACGUUGUUAUCCUCUUUUGGACCAGACACCUCCACCAGCGACAGUUCCAGACAGGAGCAGUACUCGCAGGAUGACAAUGCGCAACACAAGGAUUCUCUUGUCUCGCUUCCGAGACAGAUCCACACGACCCUUGAUCCUUUUGUCACUUUACCAAAUGGCGUAACGGACUAUGAGCGAUCGAGACUGCAGAUAUGUGAGUCUACUCCAGCUUACUCGGCUCUCAGUGUCCCUGACGUAGCAGAUCUCUCGCUCGGAAAUUUUUGGUUCGGCAUGUCAGAUCGACCGAGAUACUCGCCAACUCGUGCCACUGGUAUACCAAUUGCGAGCCAUUCUGCGGUCGGACUGCAAUGGAUUUGCAUUCUUACCGACGAGACACUGCGUUUCUCAUGGGGCGAGAGGGCGCCGAGUCAGCAAUUGAUUUUGCAAAAGCGAAGAGGCUAUCACCUUUUGAACGAGGCGCUACGUGCUCGAAGCACACGUUUUGAGGAAGCAAUACUGGCACUGAUUAUUGAGGGUCUGGAGGUAAGCAUCUUCGGCAACGAGAGAUCAAGGAAUCUGCAUGCGACAGCGACUGAUAUGAUACUUCGGUCGCGAGGCAGUCUGAAGAAGGCUUUGGCCGGCCUAGCGAACACAGAGCCUUGGUUCGUCGCAGCUCAGUUUUCAUUGGGAAAAUGUCGUUUCUCGAGUCGACGCCACCUGGAGUCGGUCAAAGGCAGAUGGAAGGCUGAUCUUCUGCAUAUUCUCCACGCCACUAAGCCGCUGUGCUCCACCGUCGAUUUCCCAUGUUCGGACACAGCUCGACCCGAAAGCGGCGAAAGAUUGCAAGCCCAGAUGAUCAAGCUGGUAAUUGAGAUUGGCAAUACACCUCAAAGCCAUGUUGCGCAGGCACUUCAGCUUACUCUGUAUCUUGAGCUGGCCUGGACGAUGCUCCAGUUCGCAAACUCAACGAAGAUGCUGAUGAACUACUUCCACCGUCUGGACUUUCUCACAACCAGCAUGCUCAUUGGUGGCGGUCCAGGCGACUCAACGUAUGAUCUACGAGGCUCUGCCGUCGGACCAGCGUUGGGUUGUGCUCGAAGGGAUGUAAUUUCUGCCUGGUUGCCAGCAGCGCUGUUGGACUUUGACACGGAAAUUACUGCUGUUCAUAUCAACUCUCUCAAGAUAUUCAAGUAUCUUGAAUCCAAGGGACGAGAGUUGGUCUUGGAAAGACUGUCGUCGUGGUUGAUAGCAGGACUCCCAGAGAGCGGGCAAGCCCUCGUAAGCGAAGCCGAGAUGACCGAGCUUGAGGCGCAGAUAGUACGAACUUGGACAUCAGAGAACCAGAAUGCUAGCUCCUGGUAA